AUGCACGUACCGUUAGUGAAAAAUUCAAGAAGGGGAGAGAAAAGAGAUGAGAAGGUCUACGAGAAACGGUCAACGGAUAAGAUUCACAUAACUGGAUCCGUAGCUAUUAUUAAAGGGUUAAAGAAAUCGUUGAGAUAUAGCAUCACGGUCAACGGUGCAGAGAGGAAGUCUCAGCUUCUUCGACCGAUCGACCAUCCCGGUCACGGUCGAGGAGGAUCCGGAGGGAUUGAAGAAAAGAAGAGAGAAGAGGAAGUAAACUGCAGUCAUCUAACGGCGGUCGCCAUCACUUUUCUGUCGCAGAUCCGAUCGGAGCGUCUACCACCCACGAUGGUCUCACCACUCGGACGGCCCGGGAAAACGAGGCAGCAACAAUCAAGGGCAAUCAGGGCAUCAAUCAUGGCAUCAACCAGUCGACGGGACGGCACGGGAGGAUCAACAUCAGCGGGUGCAGCCGGUAACCGAUGUCAGGCGGAAGCCAGCUAUCCGGCGAGGAGCCAAAACGAGUAACCGAAAUGGAUAAGGAAGCCAGCUAUCCGGCGCGAUCUCGUUCCUCGAUGAUCGGGGGAGAUCAUCAGAGAUCAAGAGCGACGAUCGCAACAAUUCUUCAAUUCACUAGGCUAUCUAUUAUAUUUAUUGCAACUACGGGAUUUGUUGAAUUUAUCGCCAACUAUCGCGCAUCAUUCGUUUCAAGUUAUCGCAUUCACACAUUUCGCACACAAGAGGGGAAAACAGGCUCUCACGUGUCUACCCGGCGAGCCUGAGGAUAUUAAUGAUUUAUCUUGCACACUCGAAAGCGCCUUCGAACGAGACAUCCUCGAGGGAUGCGUACACAAAACUCCGCGAGUUCUAGCAUCGAACGAACCUUCCGGCAUUCGAUCUUGAGAAACCAAACCAGGCAAUUUUUAUUUUCGUUGGACCAACCAUCUUCCGUCUCGACAACGUCUACGCCACACGCCAGACGGCGCACAAUCGUCAAUCAUUCGAUCUCCAACGCGAAAUUUUCGGAAACUCAGGAAUCUCCUGACUGGCGGGUGGCUGCACCUGCCGUUCUCGCCGGACCGAAGAGCAAAAGCAACAAAAUCGAACACUUUCAACGCAACACUUGGAGCAUCGUCAAAAACAGCAAACACACCUGGAAACGUCACACAUUUACUAUCACUAUUAUUAUUACUUCAAAAAAAAUCCAACGCCGACGUUACUUUCACCCUCACAGCCAAUACUAAUACUAAUGAUAGUAACACUAUCGACGAAAAUUUCUCUGAAAUCAAUAAUAUCUCAGAAAUUUACGGAAAUGUCACACAGCGCGUGCAUCACGCGACGCACUUCAGGAACGCACAGUUUCACUUCAGGAACGAAAAAAAGCACACACUCGUAACACGCACGCGCACAUAAUUAGCGUGCUCCGCGUUGUUUCGCAGCGCGAAAAAAAGAAAAGAAAUUGCGAGAGUCCAGACUCUGCCUCGCUCAAAAUUGGAUUGGAAAGGACAAAACGUCUCUCCUCACAAAAGGCUCACGGCAUGGACGGAAUCGUUCCUCCGACCUCAACCAGGCAACCCUUCGGUCUAUACGCCGCCACAGGCGCAAAGUCUCGCACACCUCACGAUUAUAAUUUCGCAGAGCAUUUACCAAACGGUCGCAGCAGGACGCGCGAUCUUUUUUUCGUAUGUAUACGAUUUACAGGAGGCAUUACCGCGGAUCGUACCGCGAGGAAAAAGAAAAACACUUCUCGUUACACUUCCCUACGUUCUCCACGCGCUGCGCCACCACCAAAGAGAUACAACGUGAUACCAAGUUCACGUACGAUUUAUCGAUUUAUUUUCUCACUAACUCUUCCCGACAAUUUUACGUGAAACAGUUCCGCAAGACCAUUUUUGAUCAUUUCACGGUUCAAACAGGAGACGAUCGAUUAACGCGCAUGUCAAUCAACGGCAUGCAAAUUAUGGCUUCAGAGCAGAUCAAAAGCGCCAAAUCGCAAAAUCGGUAAUCAUGACGUAAAUUACAUCGUGCGGCCAAAACAGUGCUGCGCCGAUCUGA